AUGUUUCAAUCAUUUGAGGAAAGUCUUGUUGAACGUGAUGAACUCGAUUAUCCAAACGCUUCAGUUUAUGAUAUUGAACCAGAUUAUAAAAAUUUUACGGCAGUUCAAAAUGCUAUUGUUAAUAGUAAAAAUAAUAGUAAAAAUCAUGUACUAUCAGCAAAUUUCGAUAAAACUUCUAUCACUACAACACACCGAACAAAUAUUAAAACAGAAUCAAAAUCACAAACUCAAAGAAGUCAUUCCCAAGAUGAUAGUAAUAGAUUUCGUGCUGUUCGAGUAGAUAUACAAAAUUCAACUGUAGUACCUCGACAUCAUUCCGUUGAUGAUCUUAGUGAAACAUCUAGUGUAAAAAAUAUUACUGCACUACUUAACGUUUCAUCAAAAAUACCGAAUAAAAUCUAUCUUCAAAUUGAUAAUAAACAACAACAAUCUACAAAAGAUGGUUAUAUUUUCAAUUUGCUUCGUAUUAUGAAUGAAAUGGGUAUUAAUACAACAAAAACUCAAAAUAAUAAUUGGUUGGAUUAUUAUUGGACAAAAAAUAAUAAAUAUAAUGAUCAGUCAAAACAAAAAAAUGUUAGUGCACUGUUAGAUAUUGUUUUAAAAAUGGGUGGUGCUAAUGGUCCAUUGACAAAAACGUGGAAACAAAAUAUUGAUGAACAAUGGUUUGAAAAAUGGUACGAAAAACGUGAACGUUCUGCAUCGAUGAAUAAAAAAUAUUCAAUAUCAAAUUUAUUGACUCAAGAAAGACGUAAUGACGUUAAUUACUAUCAUAAGACAGAAAAAAAUGACCUUGCAAGGACGAAAAAUAGUAACGCUUAUUUCGUAGUAGAUCGAUUAGUAUUUGAUAAUCAAAAUGAGAAACAAAAAUUAGUUCAUAAUACACAUCCAUAUAUGGCAAACGAAAUGGAAGAUAAUGCUUUUCGUUCAGAAAUAAACAAAAUGUAUGGUUUUGAUGACCUUGAUGGUACUACAAGUGAAAGUUCAUACGCAAGUAGAGACGAAAUUGUUACAAACAAUCUUCGAUCAGAAAAUACUCUAAAAGAAAAUCGUCAACAAAAACUACCAUCGUUAACAACGUCAGAUUAUUAUUCAAUGCAAAAUGAUGAUGAUAACAGAAGUACACGGUCCACGUCAAGUAUUGCUUCUGAUAUGACCAUAAAAACAAAUCAUCGUGAAUCACCAACAUCAUCGACAAGUUCAAAUUCAGUGUUUCAACAAUACCAUUAUCCCAGACCAAAUGAUGAACCAUUGAAGCGAGUAACAAUCAUUGAACGUACAAAUAAUUCAGUUAAAAAUCAAAAACCUAUUGUUCAAUCAACAAAUAGUCCACAAUCAUCAACACCAUCAUCUUUCCAGCCAUCUGUUGAUUACUUUCAAACAAACUUGAAUCAAUACGCACAAAAUGACAUCCGACGACAUCAACUACAAGUACAAUACAAUGAUAUUUUAAACAAUAAUCCUGAAUUGAAUAAUGAUCCAAAUCCUAAUAUCAUUUAUAAAAAAAAUCCAAAUCAUGUAACAUAUCAACAAAAUAUUGGUGUUCGUUAUUUGGUUCCUCCUACACCACCACCGCCUGGUCCAAUUGUUAUCCGAGGCACGUACUUGCGUAAAGAACUACAUCAUAAAUGUUUAAUAUUCUUAAAUCUUCUACUUUUAGAAGUUCUCUCUCCUAAACAACCGACUCCACCGCCUAUUAUUCUUAAAUACCGCGAUCCUUCGCCAAAAACGCCACCACCACUAAUCAUUCGCGAAGAGCCACCAUUGGUGCCACCAAUUAACGAAGAGCCAACAAUUUUGACAAAGAUAGUUCCACCAACUCCUCAGAAACAAAGAAUUAUUAUUGAGCGAUUACCAGCUAUGCCUCCUAAACCACAACAAGUUAUCAUCGAAAAAUGGUUACCAUAUAAGCCACAACCACCUCGACAAGUCAUUUACGAACGCCUUACCGAAAAUAACAAUAAUAAUCAUAGUAUUGCUCAGUUCGAGCCAUCAGAAAUUACCGAUCAACACAAUAUAGCUGGACAGCGUCAGAGACGACAUUCAUUUGAUUGUUGGUCUAAAUCUGCUAGUACUACUAAUCUAUUUGAUGCUAAUAAUACACGAACAAUUACCGAUAACAGCACUCAUACUAAAAGAAAGUCGCGUCCACAUUCUGUUGAUCAUUUUGUCGAUGAAAUUUAUCAAGAUGAUAUUGAUACAAAUCAAGUUUUACAAAAACAUAGAACAUGGAAUAGUUCAGAGAUGCUAUCAUCACAGUCAGUUAGACCAUAUAUAGACACAUAUUUUCAUCCAUUACAUCCGUAUAUGCAAACGAAUUUACAAACAGCUGCAGCUUUAGCAGAAACAGCUGCACACCGAGCAAUGGAACAAGCCAAUCGUUUAGCAGCACAACAAAAUCAAUGGCUGAACAAUUGGCAGCAAAAUGUAACAUCGACAAGAAUGGCAACAAAUAUGUUAAAUCAUAAUCAUUUUAGAUUGCCAAUGCCUCAGUUCUUCAAUCCUACACACUCAUGGCAAAUGCUCAAUGCGAACAACUACCAAACUAUAGUUCCUAAUAAUGUAACGUCUUAUGCUUAUAAAGAAGAACAUCAUCAAACACAGUUUAUGCCGUACGGUGGACACAUACAAAAAAACGCAUUUCACUCAUAUUAUUCUCAAAUUUAG